AUGGCUCACACAAUUGAUAAAUCGAACUUCAAAACGGCUCAAAUAGCAGUUAACAAUUGUAAGAUACAUAACAGGACCACCGACCAGUACUGUGAAGACUGCGGCGUUUUAUUGUGCCUUGUUUGUGCAAGAUUGUCUCAUGUCCAGCACAAAUGUGAAGCUGUGCAGAAGCUAGCAGACGACAAGAAAAAGGUCCUCAAAACCACUUCUUUGGAUGUCAAGGAAAGGUAUAUUCCACUUUUACAUAGACGAAUAGAGAUCAUUGAUAAUAUCAAGAAGGAAAAUACAAACAGAUGUAGGGAGCAGAUGGCCAUUUUGCUUCGGCAUCAUGACGUAAUCUUGAAAAACCUGGCAAAAAUCAAAGAAGGACACAAAGAGAGACUCAUGGAAAACUUAUCAACGAAAAAUGCCGCUUUGGAUUUAAUGAAAUCCGAACUGGAACAGCAGACAGAAAGCUUGACAGAAACUUGUUCAGUUCUAGAUGAGGGCAACAUGACGGACUAUAGUUUUUUGCAAAGUUUUUCUUCGUUAGAAAAUACUCUGAAGACCAUUCCCAGAUCUAGGAAAGACAUUUCGUCCAGUUUCUAUUCUAUGCUCGUUUCCCCACAAAAAAUCAACAGUCUUAUGCUAGAGUCCUUGGUGGGAACUUUGCUUGACACAAACGAAAUAACGCUUUCAGAGGUUGCCUCCUUCGUCUUUGGUGCAGAUGCAAUAAAUUCUCUCGCGGCUUCCAGUGAGUCUGCAUGCUGGCUGUACGAAGACAGAGGGACCCAAAUAGUUCAAAUUGGAUUUCAAGGAGAAGUGUUAAACACUGUGGAUCUGAAGCGCGAGUGCGACGCAUUUACCAGAGGACCACAUAAUGAAAUCAUAGUUUCACACCUAGAGGAACAGAGUAUUUCAGUAAUUGCAAGUACGUCAUCUAACUUUCAUGAAGAAAACAUUUCCACGAAACCUUUGGCGCCAGAGGGUGUAACUUUGGCAAAUAAUGGUGGUAUCCUUGUAACAUUAGUUGAUGAUAGCACGAAAUUUACUUUGGAUGCCACAAGCAGACGACUGGUUAGACUCAUGACGUUGUCAGGCGAAGUUACACGAGAUUAUGAAUAUAGAGAGGAUGGAAAAUCCAGGUUGUUUACCCUCCCGAGACGAGCGAUUCAGAAAAGAAACGGCGAUAUAUGUGUAAUUGAUUUCCUGAGCGAAACACAGGGCAUUAUUCACGUUAUCAGUAUAGAGGGACAGAAACUUAGCGCUUAUACAGGCCAGAACCUCGAACAAAACUUUCUGCCAACAGACAUUCUCGCUGAUGAUCAGUGCAAUAUUAUUAUCACCGAUCCUACUAACAACGUUCUUCAUCUUCUGAAUUCUGAGGGGGAAUUCCUAAAGUUGUUAACCCCAUCCAAGAGCAGUUUCUCCAUUCCGAUUUCUUUGACCUUGUUUGGAGAGAUAAUCUGGGUUGGAAACCUGGACGGUAGAGUGAACAUCUACCGCUACAGGAACGAUAUUGUGUUGUAA